AUGUCUUCUACCACUAAAACUAUCACACUUCUUCCGGGCGACCACGUGGGUGGCGAAAUCGUCGACCAGGCCGUGCAGAUCCUCAAAGUCAUCGAAGAGUACACUCCCUUCCAGAAAAUCAAGUUUGAAUUCAAAAGCCACUUGAUUGGCGGCGCUGCCAUUGACGCCACGGGCUCGCCUUUGCCCGACGAGUCGUUGGAGGCUGCUAAAAAAUCGGAUGCUGUUUUGCUUGGAGCCGUUGGCGGGCCCAAAUGGGGCACGGGUGCUGUCAGACCCGAACAAGGAUUGUUGAAAAUCAGAAAAGAACUUGGACUCUAUGCCAACUUGCGUCCUUGCAACUUUGCGUCGGACUCCCUUUUGGAGCUUUCUCCAUUGAAGGCAGAAGUGGUCAAGGGCACCAACUUCACUGUUGUGCGUGAGUUGGUGGGCGGAAUCUAUUUUGGAGAGAGGCUGGAACAAGAAGAGUCCGCAGACAAAGACGUGGCAUGGGACACGGAAAAAUACAGCGUGGCGGAGGUCACUCGUAUCACAAGAAUGGCUGCUUUCAUGGCUUUGCAACACAAUCCUCCUUUGCCCAUUUGGUCCUUGGAUAAAGCCAACGUUUUGGCCUCUUCCAGAUUGUGGAGAAGAACAGUCGACAAGGUCAUGUCGGAAGAGUUCCCUCAAUUGACUGUUAACCACCAGUUGAUUGACUCUGCGGCCAUGAUCUUGGUCCAGAGCCCUACCAAGUUGAACGGUAUUGUCAUCACAUCCAACAUGUUCGGAGAUAUCAUCAGUGAUGAAGCUUCGGUGAUCCCAGGCUCUUUGGGUCUUUUGCCUUCUGCGUCUUUGGCUUCUUUGCCGGACACAAACUCUGCUUUCGGUUUGUACGAGCCAUGCCACGGUUCUGCUCCUGACUUGCCUCCUAACAAGGUCAACCCAGUGGCUACUAUUUUGUCUGCGGCCAUGAUGUUGAGAUUGUCUUUGGACUGCGUCAAAGAAGCAGAAGCGUUGGAAAAAGCUGUUGGUGUAGUGUUGGAUUCUGGUGUCAGAACAGCCGACUUGAAGGGCUCCAGUUCCACCCAGGAGGUGGGUCUGGCCAUUGCUGAAGCUCUCAAAAAGAUCUUGCAAGAGUCUGCUUAA